CAUUUAAACAUAACCAUGUUGGAUACAUACCCAUAUCCUAUAUUAACACCCAAGUCCGAUUCAUGCAUGCUUAAUCUGCUUUUGUUUACUGAUAUUUGCAGAAACAAGAAAAAGUAUGCAACUCUAGAUGAAUUUGCUGCUAUUUGCAUGGCCAUGGAAGGUGUUGAACUGGUUAAUGGUUUAGAGAAUAAGAUAGCUUGCAACUCGUACAAGAUUUCCUAUGUGUUGGACACUGAAGAUUUCUUCUUUCGUAGAAGAAAAUCACCUCAGAGCAAAUCUUCGUAUGAUAAUCAGGCAAGAGUACAAAGGUUCGACAAAUUUUUAUCGGCUUCACAAUGAUACACCAUUGUGCCUCGCACUGGCAAAAUAGUACGAAGCAAAACCAAAAUCCUUAAAUCUUGAGAGUUUUCCGGAUCCGGUGUAGCCUUUGUGUUACUUUGUAGAGGCCUUUGGUGCUACCAGAUCUUGAUAGGUUUCGGCAACCGGGCAUGAUGUUGCUUGUAUGUUAAUAGUUGCUGCUAGUUGGUCAUGCUAGUAGUGAAACAAGAAAGAUUGGGAAAUGUAGCAUAUUUGUAAGUUGAUAUGAGAAAAGGUCUGCCAUUAUUGUGUAAAUAGAUUUAUAAAAGAAAAAGAAGGGUUUGUGUUCUCAUCUU